AUGAAGCCAUCUUUCAAUCUUCUUUUAAAACUGUUUUUAAUGCUUACUCUGUACUCACAGUUAAUCGAGUCGUUCUGUGUGUAUAAUCAGUUGACAGGAGACCGAGUCACUAUGUUGGUCACUAGUCUUUCUGCACCUGCUUCUCCUUCACGACUUUUUAAAAAAGAAGUUGUUCAAAAUGGAGUAGAAUGUUGUCCAUUUGACAAUAGAGAUUGUGUUCCUAGUCGUAGAAGAGGUGCAUCUAUAGCAUUUAUGUUAAGAUUUGCUUUCGAUCUGGUUACUAUACCGGAGACCACAAGAAACUAUAUUGCUAUUUGUGAAGCAGGAGCAGGUCUUUUUAUCACAGGAUCAAAUUUUGAUAACAUUGAAGCCGCCUGUCAUAAAAUUAAUGGUGAAAUUGCACGAACCAAGCUGGUUGAUUGGGUACCUGUAUGA